AUGAGGUCUUCUCUGGUCACUGCCCUCUCGGCAUUGGCUUGCCUUGUUUCGGGAAACCAGUUCAAGAACUUGGGGAGACUGCUUCCUCCUCUCGAGGACGCCGAUGUCCUCGCUGCGGAUAUUGCUGCCGCCCCAGUCAAUACUACAGGCUCCGGGUUCUUUACCCAAUUGCUUGAUCAUGACAAUCCCAGCAAGGGUACCUUCCAGCAGAAGUACUGGUGGAAUUCCGAAUUUUGGGCGGGGCCAGGUUCACCUGUUGUCUUUUUCACUCCAGGUGAAAUUGCUGCUGGUGGGUAUGGUGCAUACCUCACCAAUGUCACCAUCACUGGUCUCUAUGCUCAGGAGAUCAAAGGUGCUGUGGUCAUGGUCGAACACCGUUACUGGGGCGAAUCUUCUCCAUACGACACUCUCAAUGCUGAGACCUUGCAACUACUGACUUUGCACCAAGCCAUUCUCGAUUUCACCUAUUUCGCCAAGACAGUUGCUCUCCCAUUCGACACCGACCAUAGCUCCAACGCUGAUAAAGCACCAUGGGUAUUCUCUGGUGGGUCUUACUCCGGCGCUUUGGCAGCUUGGACCGAGAAGCUAGCCCCAGGCACUUUCUGGGCGUACCAUGCAUCCUCUGCGCCUGUUGAGGCAAUCUAUGAUUACUGGCAGUACUUUACCCCGGUUCAAGAGGGUAUGCCGAAGAAUUGCAGCAAAGAUAUCACAGCAGUAGUCGAGUAUAUGGAUGAUGUCUUCAUGCAUGGCAAAGAGUCUGAGAAGCUGGCACUCAAAGCACAGUUCGGUCUUGAGUCACUUGAUCACUACGACGAUGUGAUGGGCGUUCUUGAGUAUGGCCCAUGGUUGUGGCAAUCCAACAGCUUCUACACCAACUACUCUGGCUUCUUCCGGUUCUGCGAUGCUAUUGAGAACGUCAAGGCUGGGGCAGCAGUCACUCCAGAUGCAAACGGUGUAGGACUUGCGAAAGCCCUCCCAGCUUAUGCCAAAUGGGUAAACGAGACAUUUAUCCCUGGAUUCUGUCAAGGUUACGGCUAUGAGGAUGAGCGUGAGACCAAGUGUAUGGACACCUAUGACCCAACCAACAUUAUCUUCACCAACCGAGCAGUCGACAACGACAUUGACCUGCAAUGGCAAUGGAUGCUUUGCAAUGAGCCAUUCGGCUACUGGCAAGAUGGCGCUCCUCGUCACGAGGUUACUAUCGUUUCCCGUCUCAUCAAUGGUGCAUAUUGGCAACGUCAAUGCGACCUCUUUUUCCCCACGGUUAAUGGCUUCACAUACGGCUCCAACAUCUCUCCCGAUAACAAUGUCCACCAAGUGAACAAACACACCGAGGGCUGGAGGCUUGAGAAAACUACUCGCCUCAUCUGGACGAAUGGCCAAUACGAUCCAUGGAAGACAUCGGGCAUGAGUUCUGAGUUCAGACCUGGUGGGCCAUUCCCAGGUACUGCAACUGCUCCUCUGCAGAUUAUUCCAGGAGGAUUCCACUGCUCUGAUCUGAGACUCAGGAAUGGAAUAUUUAAUGCUGGGGUACAGAAGGUCAUCGAUAAUGAGGUUGCGCAGAUAGUCAAGUGGGUUGAGCAGUACCCGAAGAAAUAG